AUGACGACAUUACUUGCAAAUGGUGUAAUUUGGCUGGGCCAAGGUGUGUGUGUUUUCCGAUCGAGCUGGUUGGGUUUGGUCGAAGCUCAUUGGCUUCUUGUCGUUGCGUUCUACUCUCAAGGUCGUUUAUGUGGUGCACCUGGAUCAACAAUCAGUAUGCUUGAACCUUUGAAGCAGUGUGGAUAUGUGGAUAUGAGGAUUAGAAAGGAUGUGGAUCAGCAAGGAUGUGGAUCAGCAAAGACGUGGAUCAGCAAAGAUGUGGAUCAGCAAAGAUAUGAAUUAUCAAGGUUCAAGACCGUACUUCAAGAAUGGCCUAUGCUGCUGAGGUUCUUGCGGAUUGAUGGUGCUCACUGGCCAGUUGAUCGGGGUAGUCUACGUAUGUACGUGCUACUUGUUGCCGUAAAGUUAAACUUUGGGUAUUCAACCGGUGGGUGCUGUCGUUCGCUUGAAACUCUGUCAGCUCCUCAAGAAUCGUGGUGUUCAAGAUGGUUGUGGAUCUGUGGAUAUGUGGAUAUGUGGAUCAGCAAAACAUUCUGGAUAUUUGUGACGAGGCGAUUGACGACUGGUGCCGAGUACGAGUACGAGUACGAAUACGAAUGA